GCUGCCCGCCUCAGGGGCUGCGGCAGCGCCGGAGGGGCUGCGGUACGACCUGAGGGGCUCCGACACGAACUAAGGGGCUCCGGCACGGCCUGAGGGGCUCCGGGACCCCCUCCCUGCCUGCACCGGUGCCACAGCUCCUGUCCAGCGAGCCCCGGAGCUCCCGCGGACCUCGGGCGAGAGGAAGCCCUCGGGAGCCCACUUCACCCACCCACCUCCCCAGCAUGCGGACGCCGGCGGAGAUGAUCGUGGGGCUGGUGCUGUGCCCCUGCGGACUCCUGCUGACACUCACGGGCACGCUGGCACCCGGCUGGAGGCAGGUGAGCCUCGUACCUGACCAGCCCAUGGACGUCGUUUGGGAGCAGGGCAUCUGGGACAUAUGCAGGGAGCGGCAGAGCACCCACGACCGCCUCUGCGGGCAGGCUGACGAGCUGGGCUACUUUGAGCAGGUGCCCGUGCGGGUGGCCCAAGGGCUGAUGCCCUCCUCGCUGGUGGUCACGCUGGUGGGCUUGGUGGUGGCUGCCCUGGGUGUUCGGUGCUGGCAGCCGGAGCCCCGGCACCUGGUGGCCGGCGUGGCAGGGCUGGUGCUGCUCCUCUCUGGGCUGAUGAGCCUCGUGCCCAGCUCCUGGUACACCCAGGAGCUGUGGGCACUGCCUGCACCGCCUGGCAGCACGCUGACCGUAGGCUACAGCUUGGUACUGAGCUAUUUGGGAAGCUGUCUGGAGAUCCUGGGGGGGCUGGCCCUUGCCGUCAGCUUCCAUCACUGCUGCAAGGAGCGCAGAGCUCCCAAAUUGCCCCCCACCCCUGUGACAGAGGCUGGGCCAAGCUCCAGUAGAGCUUACAGCAAUCCCUGGGAUGUGCUGGAGGAUGAGCAAGAUGGACACCACUGGGGGAGAAGCCCACCUUGUGACUCUGACUUGUAGCCUCAACACUGGGAAGCACUGGGACAGCAGUCAGCUCCCUGGCAGCAAGAGCAGUGCUGGCCCCUGCCCCUACAAGCCAUGCCCUUUUCCUGGGGCCCCUCUGAACCCCUCUGGGUUCUCUCUUGCUGGAAACAAGACCAAGGACCUGUUUUGAAUAUUUGCAACUUCCUCAAAAGCCUGCUGUGCUCCAGGAUCUACAACUGUGCCAAAGCCAUGCUGGAUUGGGAACCAGAGGUGUCCUCCAGUCCCCCCGUGCUGCUUUUACCUCGUCUUCCUGUACGAGGAAGACGAGGUAAAAGCAGAGCUUGGGCAGAGACAUCUUUGGUGUUCCCAUGAAAGCAACAUACAGGUUAGAAGUGGCAAUAGGGGAGGGGAGCACCUGUCUCACGUCUCUCUUCAGCUCAGGACUGUGCAAAAAGCAAAAUAAAUUCAAAGCAAUGGG